AUGCAGUCUGCAGUCCUCCUGGCUCUGGCAUGUGCCGGAACCGCCAGCGCUUUUGCUCCCAGCUCUUCCCUCCCCAACAGCAUUGCCUCUGCACGACCCUCUUCUUUGUGCAGCUUGAGAAUGCAGUCAAGGGAGGUAGAUCUGCUUGAACGAGUUGAGACGCUGAAGGUGCUGAGUGCUGUGAGCAAAGCCGGGGUUCUCAGCAAGGUUGAAAAAUCUGGACUCCUAAGCAAGUUGGAAAAAUCUGGAGCGCUGUCGAAGGCCGAGGAAUUGCUUCCGCUUUUGGAUGAUUAUCGCGUGAUCUCACUGACAAAGAAGAUUGUCAGCGUGUCACCGGGAACGCUUUACUUCUAUGCGAUGCUUGCCUUGGGCGCCGACGCUGCUGUAAUCGCUGGCGUACCUGACAACAGUGGCGCGCUCAUUGCUGCUCAAGUAGCAACGACCGUUGCAAUCCUUCCCCUUGUUGGAGCUCUCAUCGUCGGAGGAAAGAUCAACUCAAUCAUCCAGGGGAAUGAGCCACUCAAGCUUUGA